AUGGCCAAUGGAAACUACACCAGGGUCACCGAGUUCAUCUUUGUGGGUUUGAAGUAUCAUCCUAAGCUGCAAGUUGCUCUCUUUGUGCUCUUCCUAUCCUUUUAUCUCUUCAACCUGACGGGCAAUCUGGGCAUGAUCUUCCUGAUCCGGAUUGAUGCUCGUCUUCACACCCCCAUGUACUUUUUCCUCAGCCACCUAUCUUUUGUGGACAUCAGUUUCUCUUCUGUGGUGGCCCCCAAGAUGCUGAGAGACUUUUUUGAGGAGAGAAAGAUCAUCUCUUUUCUGGGCUGUGCAUUGCAACAAUGGUUCUUUGGAUUUUUUGUGGCCACAGAAUGCUUCCUCUUGGCCUCUAUGGCCUAUGACCGCUAUGUUGCCAUCUGUAACCCCUUGCUUUACUCUGUGGCCAUGUCCCAGAGACUCUGCAUACAGCUUGUGUCCGGUCCCUAUGCUGCAGGUUUCACAAGCACCAUGACUCACACCACUGCUGCCUUCCGCCUGCCCUUCUGUGGCCCCAAUGUCAUCAAUCACUUCUUCUGUGACAUCUCCCCUCUCUUCACUCUCAUCUGUGCUGACAUCUCAGUCAACAAGAUUGUCCUUUUCAUCAUGGCUGGGUCAGUGUUGGUAUUCAGUGGUCUGAUUAUCAUCAUAUCCUACAUCUACAUCCUCAUUGCCAUCCUCAGAAUCCGUUCUGCUGAGGGAAGACGCAAAGCCUUUUCCACCUGCUCCUCUCACUUAACUGCUGUCAGUAUCCUCUAUGGGACACUCUUCUUCAUCUAUGUGCGGCCCAGUGCUAGCUUCUCCCUGGACCUUAACAAGGUGGUGUCUGUGUUUUAUACAGCAGUGAUCCCCAUGUUGAAUCCUCUCAUUUACAGCUUAAGAAACAAAGAGGUCAAAGAUGCCAUCCAUAGGACCAUUGCUAAAAUCAAGUUUUGUAUUAACAAUUAA